CUACUCGGAGCUGAAACAAUGCAAUCUUGCAACAUCCAUCUGUACUUCCAACUCAGCCUGGCUCUGUUUGCUUUCGUUGAAUUGGCUGUUGGAGAUGAACAGGAGUUUACAGUGACCGUUGGAAAUGUUGAAACACUUAGUUGCUUAAUCUCAAGGCAGCUUCCAUAUGAUCGUCCUGUGAGCUGGUACUGGACACCACUCUAUCCAGAAUGUAGUGGCUCCAAUGGUGGCAAAAUUCUGGACAUUUAUCCUGAUGGAAGAACAGUAUUUGAAGAGGAGUUCAAAGGACGAGUACUGGUAUACCGAUCAAAAAUUAAAAAGGGCGACUAUUCAAUCACUAUCAGGGGAGUAAAGAUACCUGAUUCUGGGGAGUUCACCUGUGCCCAUGAAGAUCUUUCUGAAGGGAAGAAAGUGAGGCUAACAGUGAAACCAGGCUGUUGGUCUAAUCUACAUCUGACCGUGGAACCACCGGUUGUGUCAGUUGGAGACAAAGUUACAUUAACCUGCACGUAUUGUGGAACGAAAUUGGUAACACCCCGAAUAAAAUGGCAGUAUGAUGGAUUAGCGAUAUCAGACACUGGAGUUGUCAGCAUUACCAACGGUGGACAGUCUCUUGUUAUUUCUCAGGUCAACCAGGAGCACUUGAAGAAGUAUGGAUGUAGUAUGGCCAAGAAAGAAUCUAUUGUGACUGAAAUAUGCCUGAACAUAGAGCUUGAUUUUCUAGAUACCACAAUGUUUGCUGGAGAUUAUGAUUAUCCAGUGAGUACACCAAUUCCUACCACCACUUCUGAAUCCACAACAACAUCAACCACCCAAGAAACUACCACGACCGUGACAACGGCACCUGAGAUCACAAAUGUCUCACAGAACAUGUGGAACGACUUAGAGUGGAUGCAGGACACUUCUCCAGUUACUAGCCCAAAAACACAAAGUUACCCCACCACAAUAACAGAUACAUUGCAGUAA